CUCGCCAGGAGGUACUUCUCGCUCAAUCCAUCUUCCUGUUUCACUUUCACUGCUCUCCCUGUGCUAUUGGCCGGUGCUGCUCACCCACAGACACCCGAGAACAGCGAGGAGGAGGGAAACGAGGAAGUGCAGUGACUAGUGAGAGAAGCAGCUAGAACUAUGAAGGGCUUUGUGUUCAGUCUGCCAGGAGGAUCAUACCCGCAGCUGCCAUAAUAAUCAGAUGGAGGACAGCCGCAUGAUGUCAUCUCUGUGAUGUGUCCACUCGGCGUGUCAAGCAGGCUUUGUGGAUGUGCAGCCAUGUUGAAAGAGAUUGUGAUCACAGAACAGCCAGCAUGUGCCCGUGUCCCCAAAGACUUCCCCAUCACGCUGCGUUGCCGAGCUCAAGGCCCUCCAUCUUUACAUUAUCAGUGGCUACAGCUAUCAGAGUUUUACAAAGGAACUCCGACACAUUUUUGCACAACAGAAAAGGUACCCUACGAGGAGAUUCCAGGUGCUAAUAAGCCAGACUUGCACAUUGUAGCCAAACAAACCCAUCUGUAUAUCUGCCGAGUAAAUGACGAACACCACAAGACUUUGUACAGCCGGUGGGCUAAAGUCAAAGUUCUAAAGGAUGUUCCUAGAGGUUUGGUACCACCUGGAUGGGAAGGAGACCCCAUCAUAGUCACUCAGCCAGCCUCUGCGGAGGUGAUGUCCCAGUGUCCAGUACAGUUUCAGUGCCAUGCUCUGGGCAUUCCAGCUCCCCAAUACCAAUGGUACCACAACGGGUUACCAACUAAAAAGAGUAGGCUUAUACAGAUAAAGGCAGUGAAGCCUGGAGACUGUGGCAGUUACCUGUGCUGUGUGUCCAACGUCCGAGGAGAAAGAUGGAGUGCACCUGUGGAUCUCACAAUAGGGCAGGAUAUCAUUCUUCAAGCAUUGCCCACAGUUAAAAGGCCAAAAGAAACAUACUUUGCUGUUGGGAAGGUGGCGUUACUGAUCGGCAAUAAUGGUUACUUGAAUCACCCCAACCUCCUGGCACCAAUGGUGGAUGUUAGCGAGCUGUCCGUAUUUCUCAGAAAGAUAGGAUUCUGUGUAGUGUCCCUGGUGGAUCUGACACGUGAAGAGAUGCUCAGAGCUGUCAAUCAGUUCCUGGAUCUCCUGGACCAAGGCGUGUAUGGUUUAUUCUAUUAUGCUGGUCAUGGAUAUGAACGCUCUGGAAGAAAUUACAUGGUGCCUGUCGACGCACCUCAACCCUACAGACCUGAGAAUUGCAUCAGUGUUCAGAAGAUUCUGCAGCAGAUGCAGGACAGGAAGACCGCGCUGAAUGUGGUCCUUUUAGAUACUUGUAGGAAAUGGUACAACUCUGACUGUGCUCUGUCUAAAGUCACGCCUCAGAAGCCAUUGGGCAACACAGUCUAUGGAUAUGCCACGAGUGAGAAUGCAGAAGCCUAUGAGGUUCAGGAUGGUGACUUCAGCUCUGGAAUCUUCAUGACUUAUCUGAAGAAGCAUAUAAUGGACGAUAAGAAGGUGACCCACAUGCUGGAAGCCGUUCUAGAAGACAUUGGGGAUGAUCCCUUGGUAAAAGGAAAGCAAGUGAUGGAAAUAAGACACACUUUGAAAGAGAGUCGCUCUUUGACUGACAAGGUCUGCCCCUCGAGAAACAUGCGUCUGAACAGUAUGCAAUGGGAGCAGCACAGAAACUUACCUAGACAGAAGGUAAAGUUCUCCUGUGGUGUCGAGGUAGAACUGAGGUUCCAGUCUGUCUUCUCAAACCUCAUCCAUGCUUUUGUAAAACUGACAUACACUCCUGCUCACUUGAAAGACACGAGAGUCCAUCUCUACAGCCCUGACAUGGCAGAACACUCAUUAACAAAUUGCACUAAACUUGACCGUGAUGAUUCUAUGUUGGCUUUUGGAAGUGAUGGUGAAAAAGCAGACAGCAUGCUCAGACUUAGUGGCCUACAGAAAAUUCAGAACGAUGUUAUCAUUAAGAUUGACCUACAUUAUACAAAUCUGACCUCUGGGAUGCAUGCACAGGACAAUUUGGACCAUAGGAUUCCCACGACAUGGGUAGCAAGAUUUUGUAACAAGGAUACAGCUUUUAUGAACAGUGACCAUGAACUUGGAGCCACAAACGGUUGCUGCCUACCUAGAACCCAAUGCUCACCCACUACGAACUGCAGCGAUAAUAAAUUAGGAGCUAAUCACCCAGGGUAUGCGAGUGGAAUGCCCAUCAGCGUGCAGUCUAAAUCAAGCAGCGAGCCAGAGGAAAAUGAUGAGAGUGACAUUUUUCCUAGGUCAUGAGGUGGUCUACCAUCUGAAUCUGAGGCUCAAGGAGACCAGUCUGCUUCUUUAACACAAGCAGUCAUACAAUCAGAUAUUCAGCAUCUUCCAAAGCCUACACAUGCCUUACAAUGGAUAGUGUUAUUGAAACUGAAUCAUCAGUAUUCUAACACAUGUAUCUCGCAUGUUACACUGACUUCAAGGAAUGUCUUCAGCCUUCAGUUUCUACCUUUAAAUGUAUUUAUUUGUACAUAGAAAUUGGAGUUGGAUUUUCGAAAAUGAAUCUGCAAGCCGAAUCAAAAUAAUCUGCUUUAAUAUAUCCAUUGACCAGGACAAAUAUACAUAGAACAUGAGGAGUUGCCCAUUUAAUUCCAAUGUCAACACUUGUGUAGAAUGUAUAUGUUUAACAAAUCUACAACAAAAGUAACCCCGUAGUAUAAGGUUGUCCAUUUAGAUCUAGCUUGGUACAAAUUCAGUAGAUGUAGUAUUGGUUUGAUGCUCAGACUACUUAGAAUGAUGUGCCUUAAUGCCAACUGGACAUUCUGUUUUAUUCUACAGGCCUGUCAUGGGAUAGUAUAAGUGGGUUCGAAUUAAAGUUGUCUUUUUUCUAUGGUUCCAGUUACUCACUAAUGUAAAGUGUAUAUGCAUCCAAUGUUUAUUUUUGAAGAUGAAAGUCUAGCUGUGUUUAGGUGUUCCUCAAGUCCACAUUUGAACCAGGAGCUAUUUUUCUCUGUGCGUCCAAUAGUUAUUGCAUUUCUCCUCAAUCAUUUCUCCAUCAACCUAUAUAGAGAACAGCCAUUAUAGCAGGAAUAAUGAUUAAUCAUAGCUAGCAAAAGAGUUUUCUUCAACAAAUGUUUUGGCUAAAAUGGGAAUAGGUGGAAAAUCUCCAACUCCAACAAAUGUAGACUUCUUUUCUAGCAUGGAAAAGCCUGCAUUUUCUAAGCUGACCAUAUCUUGCUGUUUACUGAACAGUUGAUUUAGACUAGGGAUGGCCAAAGGUUAGAUCCCCAGAUGAUGCUUUAGCUUUUAUCGUAGACUAAGCAACCUAUUUAGAUGAGGAGUAACAAGCUUUGACAGGCAGCUGAAUAUCAUUAUUAACCGGAAGAACCUGCCCACUGUGCCUUCUAUUCUUUCUUUUCGAUGGACUGAAUGGUUAUCAACACUUAGGUCAUCUGGUUUUCCGGAUAAAAAAAGGCAGAAUAAAGGAUGUAUGAUGUCUAAAACGCACAUAAUACUCACACAUAGUUCUCAAUGACCAUUUUUUUGUUAUUUUAAUUUAUUUUAAGUGUGUGGAUGUGGGAGAGGGUGAUGUAUAUAAUACAGUAAAUGUUAUGUUUGUAGUUCGUAACUAUGCAGUGCAUGGUUUGUACAGGAUGCUAGCGUGGUGCAAUGCAUCUUAAAGUUUUGGCAAUUGUCUUUUAAGAGAAGAUCAAAUUAUUUUUAACAAUCUAUUAAUCUUAAAAACAAGCCUCUGUCGCUUUUUGUCAUAGAAUGUACAGAUAAUGAAUAGGCCAGACUAUUGCAUGGUGCUGACGUAGAAUCGCCUGUUUCUGUCGACGCAAAUAAGGACAUUUGCAACUUUCAAUUCUCUCAUUUGCAGUGGUCAUUUAUGAUGUAUUAACUCACUAAAUGUAGUAGAAAGCUAACUAGAAUGUGUAGAAAUUAAUUUAUUAUGCUGAAAAAAACUGUUUCUAUAACUUGUUUUGUUCUUACAAUAAAUUGUCCACCAAGAUGGACAAAGACGUUUGAA